CACCUCCACCAUCUUCCCCGCCGCCACUUCCGCCCGAUGCCCCUCCUCCCAUCCCCUCAACGUCGGCAGUACGCCUGCCCCCUACUGGGCCUCGCCGAGAUCCAUUUUCGGGUGCAUACACCGCUCAACAAGGUAUGCGCCUACCAGUACAUAUCCCAACUGGCCCCAGAGCGCAGAGACCGCCGAGUCCCGCUAUCCCCCAACCUCCAAGCGAGCCCCCACCUCCCCGUCCGCCUUCGCCGCAGCUCUACUCCCUGCCUCCUCCGCCGCCAUGGCCACCGGAACCAUCCGAGUUUCCCCCCGGAAAGAACUGGAAAGUGCUGUUCGACUACGCGAUUGACAAGGACCGAGAAGGGCAGUACCGGGCGCUGGCGGAAAAGCUGCGGGAGAAGGGGAUGGACCAGGGAGACGAGCCGCGCGUGAAGGGGAAAGGGAAGGGGAAAGAGAUCAUCUUGCGGUACAAUGGCGAGGUCAUCGACGGAGAACACGACGCCGUCAUCCGGGAUCCAAGGAAGGAGACGAAGGUGAAGAGGCUGCCGUCGAUGAGACCGGUGAGGGCGGAGCUUGUGCAGUGCAAAUACGAGUACGAUGUGAACUCUUCCGGCCCGCCCCCGCCGACGAGCGUUCUCGUGUUGGGUAUAUCACCGCUCAUGCCAAAUCAGCACUUACGACGUCAUUUUGGCAUGCACGGUACAAUCAUGUCCUUUGAGCCACAAAUCGACAAGUCAAGUGGUGGUGCGCUCGGGAUCGUGUUCAUCAGGUAUAUGUCACACGAGGAUGCGAAGAAGUGCGUGGAGAACGAGCAUGGCAAGAAGCUAAACAUCGCAGUCCCUGGGGUAGGCGAGGGGGAGGAGCUGCGGGUCGUAUCCGAUGGCGAGGGAAAGGUUCUGAAGGCAGUCAUGAAUGAGCUGGACAGGCGGAGAAGGGAGAAGCUGAGACGAGAGAAGGAGGAGAAGGAGAAGGCCGCCGCACAUCUGAAGCCCACGCCAACGUCGAGUGCGAGUCAGACGCCCGUACACGCAAACAAUCCAUGGCGAACGACGCUGCGAGAUGGGGGACCUCAUCGACAACAGGGCCAGCAUGCCGCUCCACGAUCUUUGCUCCCGAACGUCCACCUCCCCAUGCGCCCGCAAGGGCUCACACCAAUGUCUAUGACAGGCUCUCCUGCGCAACAUGACAAGGCUAGUCCGCUGCGAAACGGUACGCCGACAGGGCCGCGGAACGGCCCUGCGCGCGUGCGGAGAGCAGCACCAUCCGCUCCCUUUCGCGCGCGCAACAAUGUGCCACAUCCAUUGCGCGCCGUUCCCCCCGCCAAUAUCCGGCCCCCGAUCCACCUGUUUCCCAACGGCAUCGAGGCAGGACCUGUCCUACCGCCACACAUGCAGUUUGGCCUGAACGGCGUGGAGACGCCGCCCCCGAUGCCGUUUCCGCCUUCGCGCUCGCCAUCGCCCGUGUCAAGGCGGCCGCAGUACGGGCGGGCGAAGAAGAGUGUGGACUACGACGUGAUCAAGGCAGAGCUCGCCAAGAACGGGUUCGACCAUAUCGCCAUCGACGGACAUGUGGGCAGCGUGGACGAGGAGGACGUGGAGAAGUUCAUGGUGGGGUUCAAGGUCGACAAGAUCCUGCGCGACCGCCAUAGCUGGUACGUGACGUUUAAAGACCGGGACACGGCCCAUCGAGCUUUGAUGGUGCUGACGGGGACCGGUCGGACGCUUGCGCACCAUGCUGUCAACGUCACCGUUCGCGCUGCGCCCACCCACGUACCCACCGCGCACAAAACCCAGUGGACCGACGGCGAGCUGCUCGAGCAAGCCGAGAAGGAGCUUCGGCAAGAGCUUCGGGCGACCCUGGAGAAGGAUAUCGUGGAGCGCAUUCUUGCGUCGCAGGUGAGGAGGCUCGUUGCCGAGGAGCGUACCAAGAAAGGCGUGCGCACAGAGCCUGUCGUCGAUGGUCAUGUUGCAGAGGCUCUGGAACACGAGUCGAAAUAUUUGGACAAGGACGCCCUCCGCGGGCUCUCGUUUCGCAACAAGAAGAAGCGGCCUCGGGAAGAUAUGGUGGCGCCAGUAGAAACAGCGGUGAUGACGGAGGAUGACAUGGUGGUCGAGAGGCCAAAGAAGAAGCCGAAGAAAGCCAAAAAGGUGUUCGUCGAGGAGAAGCUCAUAGAGUCCGAGGAUGAGGAAACCACUCCUGCCCUACUACCGCCCGAACCGACGAAGCAGCGAAAGCGCGCUAUGUCAGAAGCGAGCGAGGUCGAGGUACCAGUCAAGAAGAAGUCCAAAUCUCAGCAAGUCCAGGUCUUCGAGGACAACGCCAUACCUGUUCGCACGAAGAAGUCCAAGAAGACCGCAGUCGCAGAGGUCCUGCCAGACACGAGAAAUGUCAGUGCCUUUGGGGACGAAAUCGUCCACGAAGUCGUCCCCGAGACAUUACUAUCUGGGCCUCCUACCAUCGACGAAGUGCACGUCACGACUCCUCUCGGCUUCACUCCGUCACCGCUCGCUUCUCCUGCAGCGGGUGGUCCUGUUCCUAUCCAGCCGCCGUCGGCCGGAAUCAUCGACCCCAUUGCCGAGGGGAUUUGCGAGGACGAAGAGGACAUGUACUUUGCGAAGCUCGCGCUCGAGCGCAUGUUGUUCGGCAAGUCCGCAGCAUCAUUGGACGAGCCCGAACACGACGUGGAACUUGAUGCACCGGCGCCCUUCCGGAAGCACGUCACUGGAUCUGCGCGGACCGAAGGAUACUACAAGAUCUCGCAUACGGAGAAGUCGGCCUAUGUCGCACAGUACGCGUUGCGCGGUAUGACGACCACCGUGGCGACAGAGACCGAGCAGACCCCAGCACCGAAGCCCGCCGUCACGUCCUCACGGUCCAAUCGUGCCAACGCGCGUCGUCGCGCACAAGGCCUCGAAGAGAUCAACCAGGUUCAGCGCGCGAUGGCUCUGUCGAAGGGAGAGGCUGCUGCUCCGGACUCCGUCAAGUACAAUCAGCUGCAAACGAGGAAGAAGCAUCUGCGCUUCGCGCGGUCGCCCAUCCACGACUGGGGCCUGUAUGCGAUGGAGAAGAUCAACCGCGGAGACCUCGUGAUCGAGUAUGUCGGCGAAGUCAUUCGUGCGCAGGUUGCAGACAAGCGCGAGAAGGCGUACGAGCGUCAGGGCAUUGGUAGCAGCUACCUCUUCCGUAUCGAUGAGGACUUGGUAGUGGAUGCGACCAAGAAGGGCAAUCUUGGUCGACUCAUCAAUCACUCUUGCGACCCGAACUGCACAGCGAAGAUUAUCACAAUCAGUGGAGAGAAGAAGAUUGUGAUAUACGCGAAGCAAGACAUUGAGCUUGGCAGUGAGAUUACUUACGAUUAUCACUUCCCUAUCGAACAGGACAAGAUACCUUGCCUUUGCGGUUCCGCCAAGUGCCGUGGGACUCUCAACUAGACCUGCCUAAUCACUACUCGCUCCUACAUAUGUUUAUGUGCCGCUACUGCUUCCUCCGCAUACCCCGCUGUCGUCGUUGCUCCUGUGCGCCUGUCUCACUACUUCUUGCCACUCUCCAUCAUCGCUGUCAUUGAUUGCAACACUCGCAUCCAAUCCGCCCACAUUUGUAUCUUAUAUUGUAACAUGCGUCUUCAUGCGUCUUAUUCAGGCCCAG